AUGGUGUACAAGCGCAUCACGAGUUCGCGAAGAAACCAAAAGCGUGGUUGCCGGAAGUGGCUCACGUUUGAUCAACUUCUAGAGGUCUUUAAAAGCAAGUCUGUCGUUGAGGCCCUCGUCCAGCGCAAGAUGAGUGACAAAACGCUUCGCAGAACGGAAGUGCGCAACCAUCCAGAAGUUCCAGGCCUCAAGCAGUACCUGGUGUUGGUGGAUGAUGAGGAGAUAGAUGAGAACACGGUCCAAAUCGAUGAUAUUUUCGAGCUGGAGGCUAAAGAGAAGCUGAAGAAAGGGUCACGAUCUAGUGGGAGUGGUAGCAGUGAUGACGAUGAUAGCAAUGAUGAUGAUGCCUCUUCGGCUUCGGCAAAGAAAGGCAAGAAGGACAGGGAUAUGUGUAUAUAUUUAUAUGUUAUAAUAUAUAUAUUAUAUAAUAUUAUUGAUACAUACUAUUUCCAUGUGCUCCGUAAUUUUCCCAGGAAGGCAAGAAAGCAAGGAAAACCAAAAAAAACAAGAAGGAGAAAAAGGAGAAAAAGCAUGCCAGGAGAUCCAAGAAGAAGAAAGCCCGUAAGGAGAAAGCCGAAGAUAAGGAGGAGAAGGAGCGAAAGCGGAAGAUCAUGA